AUGGCAGAUCCAGCUCAAGUUCCCUCAGCAGGCAGUGGGCCUGGCGUCGUGCCUGCUCAGUUCGACACAGUUCUCAUCCUCGACUUUGGAUCGCAGUAUACUCAUCUGAUUACCAGGCGGCUGCGUGAUCUUGGCAUCUACUCAGAGAUGCUGCCAUGCACAGCUUCCCUCAGCGAAAUCAAAGCAUUGAACCCUAAAGGUCUGAUCUUCUCAGGCGGCCCGUACUCUGUCUACGAAGAAGGAUCGCCGCAUGUCGAAUCAGCGGUCUUUGAUCUUGGCCUGCCCAUUCUCGGCAUUUGCUACGGUCUACAGGAGCUCGCAUGGCACAAUGGCAAAGGCGUCGCAGCAGGUACACACCGUGAAUACGGACGUGCAACGCUCAACUUGCAGCACUCGCGCGAACGGCCUGAGUUGACGCGCCUGUUUGAUAACAUGGGUGAUGAGAUGGAGGUCUGGAUGUCGCAUGGUGAUAAGCUCUCUAGUCUGCCACCGGGCUUUGAAGUGGUGGCGACAACGACCAGUGCACCGUUUGCGGCCAUCGCACACUCCGAGAAGCUGAUGUAUGGCAUUCAGUUCCACCCAGAAGUCACGCACACACCCAAUGGUAUCGCCAUCAUUGAGAAUUUUGCAAAAGGUGUUUGUGGAUGCAAAGCAGACUGGAGUAUGACCAAGUUUGCCAAGAUUGAGAUUCAACGCAUUCGGGAACUCGUUGGGGGAAAGGGUGAAGUGAUUGGCGCUGUCUCUGGUGGCGUCGAUUCCACUGUCGCUGCAAAGCUCAUGCAUGAAGCAAUUGGAGACCGUUUUCACGCCGUGCUCGUCGACAAUGGUCUAUUGCGACUCGAUGAAGCGAAGCAGGUCAAAAAGACACUCACUGAGGAUCUUGGUAUCAACCUUCGCGUGGAGGACGCAUCAGAAGUCUUUCUCUCUCUCCUAAAGGGCGUUACCGACCCGGAACAAAAGCGAAAGAUUAUCGGUAACCAAUUCAUUCGGGUAUUUGAGAAGGUUGCACACGAGAUUGAUGGCAAGUCGGGUGGUAAGAUUGAAUAUCUGUUGCAAGGCACACUCUACCCAGAUGUCAUUGAAAGUAUCUCCUUCAAGGGACCCUCACAAACCAUCAAGACCCACCACAACGUCGGCGGUCUUCUCAAGGACAUGAAGCUCAAGCUGAUUGAGCCCUUGCGCGAGCUUUUCAAAGAUGAAGUCCGCAAGAUGGGUCGCGAGCUCGGCAUCUCCGCAGAGCUUGUAGGACGUCAUCCCUUCCCAGGCCCCGGUAUUGCCAUCCGGAUUCUUGGUGAAAUCACACCAGAGCAGACACGUAUUGCUCGUCACGCGGACAAAAUUUUCAUUGAUGAGAUUCGCGCGGCUGGCCUCUAUGAUCAAAUCUCACAAGCAUACGCGGCACUUCUCCCUGUCAAAGCAGUCGGUGUUGCUGGCGAUAAACGAACAUAUGAACAAGUGAUUGCAUUGCGGGCGGUCGAGACAUCAGAUUUCAUGACUUGCGAUUGGUUUGAGUUUGAGGCGAAGUUCUUGAAGCGGGUGUCGUCUCGUAUCCUCAACGAGGUGCAAGGCGUCAAUAGGUGCGUCUAUGAUAUUUCGCAAAAGCCGCCUGCCACGAUUGAGUGGGAAUAG